AUGCUGCAGGGGCUUCUUCUGAUGACCACUUUCCUCUUUUCUCCAAUUCCAGUAAGUGCUAUAAAAGAAGUUCCAGGGAUAAAGAUUUAUGAAGUAGUUUAUCCCAGAAGACUUCAUCCACUUUAUAAAAGAGAAGCAAAAAAUAUUACAAAGCCAAAUCAACAGGACAAAUUUGAAACUGAAUUGCAGUAUAAAAUGACAGUUAAUGGAAAAAUUGUGGUACUUCAUUUGAAAAAAACCAAGGAUCUCUUUGCAUCAGAUUACACAGAAACAUAUUACAAUUGCACUGGAAAGGAGGUCACCACCAGCCCUCAGAUAAUGGAUGACUGUUACUACCAAGGGCAUAUUAUUAAUGAAAAGGCUUCUGAUGCUAGUAUCAGCACAUGUAGGGGGCUAAGAGGUUACUUCAGCCAGGGGGAUCAAAGAUACUUCAUUGAACCUCUAAGCCCCUCCGAUCAGGAUGAACAAGGGCAUGCACUGUUCAAGCAUGACCCUGAUGAAACAAAGGCUAACAGCUCCUGUGGGAUGGAGGAUGUGAUUUGGGGACAUGAAUCUCGGAAGUUUGUGGUCCCACCUGCCUCAAGACUAGUUAAAAUGAACAACCAGAAAGUUCAGAGAGAUAAGAAAUACAUAGAAUAUUAUUUGGUCUUGGAUAAUGGUGAGUUUAAAAAGUAUAAUGAAAAUCCUGAGGAAAUAAGAAAGAGAGUAUUUGAUAUGGUCAAUUAUGUCAACAUGCUUUAUAAAAAACUCAAUACUCACGUGGCCUUAGUUGGCAUGGAAAUAUGGACAGAUGAAGAUAAGAUAAAGAUAACCCCAAAUGCAAGCUAUACCUUGGAAAAUUUUUCUAAAUGGAGAGGGAAUAUCCUCCCAAGACGAAAGCGCCAUGAUAUUGCUCAGUUAAUCACGGCAACAGAACUUUCUGGGACAACUGUGGGCCUUGCUUUCAUGUCUACAAUGUGCUCUCCUUAUCAUUCUGUUGGCAUUGUUCAGGAUCACAGUGACAACCUGCUUAGAGUUGCAGGGACAAUGGCCCAUGAAAUGGGUCAUAACUUUGGAAUGUUUCAUGACUCCUACGUGUGUAAGUGCCCUUCUACAAUAUGUGUGAUGGACAAAGCACUGAGCUUCUAUAUACCCACAGAUUUUAGUUCCUGCAGCCGGGUCAGCUAUGACAAGUUCUUUGAAGAUAGAUUAUCAAAUUGCCUCUCUAAUGCUCCACUGCCUACAGAUAUCAUCUCAACUCCAAUAUGUGGAAACCAGUUGGUAGAAAUAGGAGAAGACUGUGAUUGUGGGACUCCUGAGGAAUGUACUAACAUUUGCUGUGAUGCUAAAACAUGUAAAAUCAAAACGAAGUUUCAGUGUGCAUUAGGAGAAUGCUGUGACAAAUGCCACCUUAAAGCAGCUGGCACUGUCUGCAGACCAGCAAAAGAUGAAUGUGACCUGCCUGAAAUGUGUGAUGGUAAAUCUAACAAUUGCCCUGCUGAUAGAUUCCGAGUCAAUGGCUUCCCUUGCCAAAAUGGAAGAGGCUACUGCUUGAUGGGAACAUGCCCCACACUGCAGGAGCAGUGUACUAGGAUGUGGGGACCAGGAACUGAGGUUGCAGAUAAGUCAUGUUACAGCAGGAAUGAAAUUGGGUCAAAAUAUGGGUAUUGUCGCAAGGUGGAUGACACACUCAUUCCCUGUAAAGCAAAUGAUUCCAUGUGUGGGAAGUUGUUCUGUCAAGGUGGAUCAGAUAAUUUGCCAUGGAAAGGAGGUAUAGUAACUUUCCUGAAAUGUAAAACAUUUAUUCCGGAAGAUACCACUCAAGAAAUAGGCAUGGUGGCCAAUGGAACGAAAUGUGGAAAUAAGAAGGUUUGUAUUAAUGCAGAAUGUGUGGAUAUUGAGAGAGCCUACAAAUCUACCAAUUGUUCAUCUAAAUGCAAAGGACAUGCUGUGUGUGACCAUGAGCUGCAGUGUCAAUGUAAAGAAGGGUGGGCACCGCCGGAUUGCGAUGACUCCACAAUGGUCUUCCACUUCUCCAUUGUGGUUGGGGUGUUGUUCCCAGUGGCAGUUAUAUUUGUGGUGGUUGCUAUUGUAAUUCGACACCAAACUAGAAGGAAGCAGAAGAAAGUUCAGAGGCCAUUGUCCCGCUCUGAAACAAAACCCAACAAACAGAAGAGGAAACCCCAGAUGGCGAAAGCUGUUCAACCACAGGAGAUGAAUCAGAUGAAGCCCCCUGUGUCUGAACUACCGAUAGAAGACACUGAGCCUCCAGCUUCUUUUCUACUUACGAAGCCAAAUUUUCCACCACCACCAAUUCCUACAUCUGUAUCAUCUUCCUCUUUCCUUCUAUCUUGUGAUAAUAAGUAA